GGUGCGUCUCUCUGGUCAUCCCAACCGGGGCGCGCGCGCGCAUAGGCGUAGCUUUCACUCGCCGUCCUCUGGCGGACGAAUUUACAGGCGUUUCGUGGCGGUGUUUGGUGCUCAUCUCCUUGUAAUCCGGCACCGCCACGCGUGUUGUGCUUACCCUAGGCCACCCAUCGCGCGGCGCCGUUGCGUCUCCCAGUCCCGUCUCCGCGGCUUCGAGCCUUUGAUUCCCCCCCCCCCUCCCCCCCUCGCUUUUUAGUGAGCUGGUCUGAUUUGUACCCAUUUCUGCGAACGGGGCAGAUGGGCGCGAUUCUGGUCGGAUGUCCUUUGUAUGUGUUGUAUUGAAAGAUCGCGGAAGGCUACGGGGCAUUUUUUUUGGAUCGUUUCGUUUGCAUCAGUUCGGCCAUAAAGUGUGCAUAAUUGGCACCUAAUUGUUGGUUUGAUGUUUGAUCGACAGUAUUAAUAUGGAAAUCAGAUGCGCCCUGGAUUAUACUGCCUUAUAUGGUUGAUGUUUUUGUUCCGAUUUAAUAAUGACUGCUUCGGCUAAGACUUCAUAUAUAUAUAGUUCUCCAUCAUGUUCUAAUCUAUUUUUCUAUUUUAUGAUUAUCUUUUGGUACAUGGGGAGUUAUGUAGUUUUCGGUAAAUAGUGAUGUUCAGAUUCUCAGACUGUUUUCUUGAGCUGUCAUGCGGUUUGUCAGUACACAAUGAAAGCUAAAGAACCCAAGAAGACGAGGUGCCAUGUCAAAUGGGAUGAAGAUAACUUGAAUGACAUUGAGUCAAACAAACCAGAAAGAGAGAAGAUCAACGAGCCUAAGACGCCUUACCACCCCAUGACCGAUGAAGAUGAAGGGCCUGUUUCACCAUUACAAUUAAGUGAAGAGUUGGUGGAUAAAUCUGCUCAUGCUGAUGCCAUCAAGACUGCUUUAGCUGAAGCUGUUUUCAGUGGAAAAAUUUUCGACAGAAAUAGUUGGGAAUCAUGUGAGAAUGAAGAAGCCAUAAAACAAGGCAAUGCUUUUGAGGAGCACCGGAAGGUUCACUAUGAUGAAUACCAUAAGAUGAAGGAGCUGCUUCAGAAGGGAACCAUGACUGAUGAUGCAGAAGAAGAUGAGUGUGUACCAGACAACAGGAAGGAGUGAUGGUUCUGUUCCGGUCUGAACUGUAAUCAGAAAAUCUUCUGCAUCGUAUGACAGUUAGAAUCUUGGAAAAGUUUGUGGUUUUGGGUACUUGAGGACUACUAGAUGUCUUAGCUAACUGUUUCAGCAUUUCCUGCACAGAACUUGGCCGUUCUCUUCCUUACACUAGUUCGGAACUGUAUGCCAUGACUGCAAGCUGGAACGUGGUAAAUUGCGUACGAAUUAGUGAUGAAUGGUCUGCUAGACGGCCUUGUUUGUUUUAGCUUGCAAAUUGUAAAUUGCAGCUUUCAUAUUGUCAAGCAGAUUGUUGGACUGUAGCAA